AUGUCGCGACUGUGGUCUGCUGUGAGGUCUGGUGUUGGUCGCUCCACUCGAUUCCGUUCAUCAUUUAAACCAACCACCACCCUCUUCGCGUUGUUAGAGCGAUUCCCCGAAGAGCGCCAGGAACUCGCAACAAUGCUUAUCCCCAAGGACGACCGCAAGAAGAUCCACGAGUACCUCUUCCGCGAGGGUGUGCUCGUGGCCAAGAAGGACUUCAACCUUCCCAAGCAUGGAGACAUUGACACCAAGAACCUCUACGUGAUCAAGGCCCUCCAGUCCCUCAACUCCCGUGGCUAUGUCAAGACCCAGUUCUCCUGGCAGUACUACUACUACACCCUCACCCCCGAGGGUCUUGACUACCUCCGUGAGUGGCUCCACCUCCCCGCUGAGGUUGUCCCUGCCACCCACAUCAAGCAGCAGCGUUCUCACGCUCCCCCCCGUGGCAUGAUGGGUGGUGAGGAGCGCGAGCGUCGUCCUCGUCCUACCCGUGAGGGUGGCUACCGCCGCCGUGACCAGGAGAAGGAGGGUGGUGCCCCUGGCGAGUUCGCCCCUAGCUUCCGUGGCGGAUUCGGUCGUGGCCGCCCUGCUCCCUCUGCUUAA